CGGUGUGGUGUUCACAGCGGCUGUCAUGGUUCGUCCGCUAAACUGUAUCGUCGCUGUGUCCCAGAACAUGGGCAUCGGCAAGAACGGGGACCUGCCCUGGCCGCCGCUCAGGAAUGAAUUCAAGUAUUUCCAAAGGAUGACCACAACCUCAUCCGUAGAAGGUAAACAGAAUUUGGUGAUUAUGGGUAGAAAGACAUGGUUCUCUAUUCCGGAGAAGAAUCGACCUUUAAAGGACAGAAUUAAUAUAGUUCUCAGUAGAGACCUCAAGGAACCUCCACAAGGAGCUCAUUUUCUUGCCAAAAGUCUGGAUGAUGCCUUAGAACUAACUGAGCAACCAGAAUUAGCACAUAAAGUGGACAUGGUUUGGGUAGUGGGAGGCAGUUCUGUUUAUAAGAUAAAUAAAGAAAUUGAUGCCUCUUGUGUUUUUUCAAAGGAAGCCAUGAACAGGCCAGGCCACGUUAGACUAUUUGUGACAAGGAUUAUGAAGGAGUUUGAAAGUGACACAUUUUUUCCAGAAAUUGAUUUGGAGAAAUAUAAACUUCUCCCAGAACAUGUGGACUCUUCUGAAGUGGGAUUUGAGCUUGGUAUUGAAGGAUCUAGAGAGAUGGUGACUGACGGUCAGGAGGAAGGCAGAUAUAUGCUCCCGGCAGAGGAAAAACCAUGAAGAAACUUCAUCUCCAGAUUCCAAAACCCAGCACGAGGCCUUACUAAGGAAGGGCAGGUGUCAUCAGGCCCCAGGUCCAUCCAGCGGCAAGCACCUACUUCACCUACUUCACCUCACUUCGCCAAUCUGUUCUCUUUCAUAACCAUAUCUAGUUCAGGUCUUUAUUUGCUCUCACUUGGACUGUUGGGGUAAUCUAAAUUGGUGGUUUUCAAUCCAAAUAAACUAUGAUAAACAUGGCCAAC